ACCUCACGAACUCCCUACUCGGGCCUGGUGCCGACUCCCAGACUUAUAUACCUCCGCGAUGCCAUCCGACGCCACUAGUGGCGCACCUCCGGCGCGCAAACCCAGCACUCGCAGCUCUAUCCGCCAGUCCUUUGGCCUCUCUUCCGUCGGCAAGGCGCUCGCAGACGUGAUGCACAAGGACUCGAAGGAGAACAGCGCCGACAAGGACAAGGCGUCCAAGAAGGCGAAGGACACGGCCGCUCGCCGCUCCAGCGCCAUCCACAUUGCCCCUCCCCGCGCAUCUGUUGAGAAGGCCCCCGCGAAGAAGAAGGACGUCGAGGCUUCGCCCGACGUGAAGACCAUCACUCGCCACUCGCGCAGACAGUCCGCGUUGAGAAAGGCGGCAGCCACACCCGAGGACCACUCGUCGUCGACGUCGCCGUCCGAUAAUGCGAGUCCCAAGGCUUCGAUCAGCUCGCGGGCCUCCACGCGCAAUCGCAACUCCCUCGUGUCAUCCGGCCUGCCGAAGUACCGGCCACGCUCCAUGCUGGGCGAGUCCGCUCUUGCGCCGAACCCGAAGAAGGCGCCGUCCCCGACGCAUUCCGGCACUGCGAGGCGACGUCGGCUGAGCAGCUCGGAUGAUGAGACGGACGAGGUGAAGACCCCGAAGGACCUCUCCCCUCUUGAUAUUGCCGUGCCCGCAAACAAGAGGUCGAUCUCACCUCUCCCCCACCGCAACGCUCUCAAGGUGAACUUGACAAGCGCUAUCAAUGUCAGGCCCUCCACGCCGGAGAGGAAGGACACAGGGAAGGCCCCGAAGGAUUCCCCUGCAUCGAUCCGCACAACAUCUACCAAGGCAUCGAAGGCUGGCAAGACCACGCCCACUCCCUCGCCGGCGUCGGCAUCGGCAGGUGCUCGCCAUACGCUUCCCCGCCCUCCAUCGUCUACUUCGUCCUCCGCCUCUGCCCGCACCCCCCGUACGCCCAACACACCCACAAUGUUUGGUGGUCUUCUAAAAGGCGGCUCAGGUUCCCUUCGUCAGAUGCACCCGCCUUCCAGCGCGAGUCCCUUGCGUGGAGCGAUUGCUGCUGCACCUGAGUCUCCCCUUGCCCGGGUGCGCAAGAACGCGAGCGCUAGCCACUCGCGCGGUGCCUCGGUUCCCACUACGCCUAUGCCCCAGAUUAUCACGCAGGACAGCAGUAUGGACAGCAUCGAGGCAGAUGAUGUUGAGUUCAUGCUAUCGUCCGUCGCCUCGCCAACUGCACCUACUCCUGCUCUGCCAAGAUAUCGUCCCAGGGGUGAUACUGGUGAUGAUCCGCAAACUCCCUCACGCUCUCACUUCCUCCCCUCUCGCGCCAACCUGUCAUAUGCGUCUCCUGCACCUCCGUCGUCCACCGAGAGCUCACCGUUCCUUCGCCCGAAGCCACGCAUGCCCGGCAAUGAUCGCGGUUCGAUCCUCUCAUGGGAGCAGCUCGCACAGCAUAGCCGAACACUGGAGGAUGAGGAUGUCGAACGGAUGAUUUCUGAAGUUGACGCACCCUUCCGCCCGGGAGCCAUCUCGCCCAGUCUAAGCGUGAUCGACAUUCCAGACAGCCCCAGCCUGAGCGCACUCCCCUCGCCCACCGGUUACGGCUCGAUUUCUCAGGUCCUUCUCCCAGACGUCACACCCUCACCAGCUGUUCACAACACCACACACCUCUUCGACAACUGGAAGCCUGAGACACCCUCUGCAGCUGACGGCGCCACGCUGACCCUCCUCCGCCUGCAGCUCGCCGCGGCGGAAAGCCGGGCGCAGGAACGCCUCGCGCAGAUGCAGUCAUUAGAGGAGCAGCUACACGCGGCGAAGGAGGCGCGCAUGCGCGACGCCCAGGAGCUCGCGGGGCAGAUCUCCCAACUCGAGGAGCAGGUGCACGGUAACCUCGCGGUCGACUCCCAGCGUGGAGAGCAGAUCGCCGUCCUCGAGGAGAUGCUGCGCGACGCUCAGGGCGCGCAGGACCGUGUGGCGAAGGACGCGACGCGCCGGGCGGAGGAGGCAAUGAGCGCCGCCCGUGCGGCGGCGCUGCAGGUGCGCCAGGUGCAGGCGAAGUCGAUGAUGGGCUUCGCGGCGUGCGAGGCGCGCGCGUCUUGGCGCCUGGUGCGGGAUACCGCGGAGGGCGAGCUGGACUUUGUGCGCGCGAAUCGCGAGAUGCUCACGCUGUUGUUGGCGGGGCUCGAGCACAAGAAGGCUUGCCUAUAGUGGCGAACUUUCACUGGACUCGAUUUAUCUCUUUCCAUUUCUUUCGUUCUGUAAUCUCUUGGUAUUUGUAACACCACCAUCUUAUGCCCGCCAUCUACGUAUGUUAUGGACACGAUCUAGCGCAUCUGGACAUGAAUUCUAUCUCUCUUUUUCCUUUGUG